AUGUUCCAUAAACAGCGGUUUUGUUUCCACCACCUCAACAAUUUAGCUGAAACCAUCCCGAACGGAGUGGCAUUCUUCGAUAAGCAAGAGGGAACAUUGACCUUCUGUCUGACAUCGAGGGGCACUGUUUCGACGACGAAUAGAACAUUUCUGCCAAGCGAAACCGCUGCUGAGCCCGAGCUAAGCGCCGAUACGCCAGCUUAUUACAGAUCUCGUGACGAAGACUACAAUUCAAUAAACAGCAGCAACAACAACAAUUACAUCUACACAGUUAAAACGCAGAAGGAAACAACUGCUGUUGUGAUUCAGCAGCCAACAACAAAUAAGCCCAACACAACCAAAGCAGCAAACGGCAAAGGUGUAAUCCAAACACUGAGUGUAGCGGAGCUUGCACACCACAUACAGUUAGACGGGAAGUACCCCACCCCAGCUGAACGCUUGCCAGCACAGUUGACAGCCAAAGCCACAGCCACGGCUACCUUAUCCACGUCGAAAACCACACAGAGUAUACAAAGCAAGUCGGCGAAAAUGGCGUCCAGCGCGAAUUUGAACAGCACAGGCGCCGCCGCGCCACACUCCACCUCCGAGAAGCAGCCUUGGCCCAACUCGAAAGACGAUUACGAGUUGCGCGAUGUGAUCGGCGUGGGUGCGACUGCGGUCGUACAUGCCGCGCUCUGCCUGCCCCGCAACGAGAAGUGCGCCAUCAAACGCAUCAAUCUGGAGAAGUGGAACACUUCUAUGGAUGAACUGCUCAAGGAGAUACAGGCGAUGUCUUCGUGUAAUCACGAGAAUGUCGUCACCUACUAUACAUCGUUCGUGGUGCGCGAGGAAUUGUGGCUGGUGCUGCGCCUUCUGGAGGGCGGCUCUUUGCUCGAUAUCAUUAAGCACAGAAUGCGCACAGCGAAUUGCAAACAUGGCGUCUUCGACGAACCGACCAUUGCCACUGUUUUAAAGGAGGUACUCAAGGGUCUGGAGUAUUUCCACUCGAACGGACAGAUACAUCGUGACAUCAAAGCUGGUAAUAUAUUGAUCGGCGACGAUGGCACCAUACAAAUUGCCGAUUUCGGUGUGAGCGCUUGGUUGGCGACCGGUCGUGAUCUCUCACGCCAGAAGGUGCGCCACACAUUUGUCGGCACACCGUGUUGGAUGGCGCCCGAAGUGAUGGAGCAGGAUCAUGGUUAUGACUUUAAGGCCGACAUCUGGUCCUUCGGCAUCACUGCCAUCGAGAUGGCGACCGGCACAGCGCCCUACCAUAAGUAUCCACCCAUGAAGGUGCUGAUGUUGACGCUACAAAAUGAUCCGCCCACAUUGGAUACUGGCGCGGACGAGAAAGACCAAUACAAAGCCUACGGCAAGACAUUCCGGAAAAUGAUUGUGGAAUGCCUACAGAAAGAGCCUUCAAAACGACCCACCGCCAGUGAACUGCUCAAGCAUGCCUUCUUCAAAAAGGCCAAAGAUCGCAAAUAUCUUACGCAAACACUGCUCGCAUCCGGUCCAUCCAUGGAGACGCGCGUACACAAGGCUGCGAAACGACAGCCUGGCGCCUCGGGUCGUUUGCAUCGCACCGUUACCGGCGAAUGGGUGUGGUCGAGCGAAGAGGAAGACAACGGCGGUAAGCACCAUUCGUCCGACUCCGAAUCGGACGACCGACCCAUUAAUCGUCUCGAACGCGCCGAAUCGUCGGACAGCGAUCACGAUGACUAUUCAGAGACUACAGCAACCGCAACCGAACCGGCACAACAAGCGCCCGCUGUGGCGAAUGUAGCGACACCAGCGGUGAACAUACCCGCGCCGGCAGCAAAUAAUGCUCAACAACAACAACAACAACCAACAGACGCAGCGAUAGCACAGGCCAUGACCGGUGUGGCGCAAAUGCCAAUGCCCUCGGCGGUGACGGAUGUCGGCGAGGCACCACCCGUCAAUCUGGUGUUGCGCAUGCGCAACCAGCGACGCGAACUGCACGAUAUACGCUUUGAAUUUGCUGUGGGCAAAGACUCAGCCGAAGGCAUUGCCAUGGAAUUGGUCGACGCCGGACUCGUCGACGCGUUAGACACGCAACCAAUGGCCGUGCAUCUGCAACAGCUGAUCGAACAACGCGCCGCACUAAAAACCAUAACGUUCCAAUUGAACUCGGGCGUGCAGCCGGGCGAGGUGCUCGACGACCGCUCGCUGGUGGGGUACGCGCAAAUAUCGAUAACGGAUUAGGAGGAGCUGAGCGCGCCGGCCGAUUCAGCCGAAAAUGCUUGAGUGUGAUGCUUCGGGCGGCAGAAAUCAAGCAUGCAGCUGCGCAUGCGUGGUUGGCACGACACAGUUUGGCGCUUACAAUUUUUACUUUUGUAAACAAUUUGGUUGCGAACUCUUCAAAUGUAAUCUUUAAAAUUGUAAUAUUUUCCUUUAAUAUUAGCCAAAAACAAAGCAAAGGCCAACGCAUAGCGUAAGCAGUGGUUUAACUGUAAAUUUGAUUAAUUUAAUAAUAAUAAUAAUAUUCAUAUUUUGGGCAUAAAACUGUUUAGUUCUUAAUGUAGUCAAGCGCUUUGUGGGCAGCGAAGCGCACAGCGCGAGUUUGCGCCAAGCAGUGCGCACAUACACACAUACACUCACACAUAAACACAAACACACACGCACGCAUAGUGUAAACAACUGAAAGUACUUACGAUUACAUAUUUUCGAUAUUUGUAAUUAUUUAUUGUAUUUUUUUUAUCAUUAGCAUAAUGCGCCGCCUUUAUGCAGCCGCCUAACUCCAAAGGGAGCUAGUAAAAUACAUACUAGCAUGUAGUCUCUAAAUGGCAUAACUGUAAUUAGAUGUUUAUUUUAGAGUAAAGCCUAGCCUAGCAUGUCCUAAAUUGUAUUUCGUCUCUGUAUGCUGCAAUAAACAAUAAAAUAAAACUGAAAUUAUUAAAAAAUAUUAACUGG